AUGGCGUCGUCCGCACAGAUGGGCGCCAGCAACGUGCCCACCGUCACUGGGACGUUCCCGGUCGCUUGGGUUCCCACUGACACCCUGAUUCAGCACGGAAGCCCAAGCAUGGUUAGCGAAAUAGCGAGCACCGCGCGUAAGGCUGGUCAAUCACUGGCCAGGCAGGGCGCCCGCAGAUUGGUACCAGCGAGCACAAUUCGCAAGGUUGAAGGAGGAGGCACGGUGGAGCGGGUGUUCGUCGACCCGCUAAAGAAGACUCCUAUCGCUUUCAUUCCAGUGCGCAUUGGAGGCGUGGACGCGCUUCGUUGCCCGAGAGGCAUCGACUCUGGCGCGGACGUGAACGUGAUGGCCUUCAAAACUAUGAUGAGGGCAGACUUGGGUGCGAAGUUCAGGAAGGGCAAACCCACUUUUACAGGUGCGGACGGGCGCGAGACCGUAGCAAUUGGUUGGGUGGACACUCUAAUUGGCAUGGGCAGCAGCUUCGAGCUGGGCUCCCGCUUCAUUGUGCAAGACCACAUCAACUACGAUCUUCUCUUGGGCACGACGUCUAUGCGAGCGAUCAACGGGCACAUCAACUUCGAGAAGGAGCGGUUCGAGUUUCAGCUACCGUACAGCAAACGCCGCCUGGCCCUGCCUUUGGUCGAUCCGCGGGGUGUACAAUGCAGGCCGCGCGUUUCGGUGGCCACGAGCUCUGUCCGCGCUAGGCCCGGCGCUCGCGCACCGGCACGCAGGCCCCGCUCGGACCGGAGGACAUCGUCACUGUUCCGCUACAACUUUCCAGACGACGACCUGCACCAGGCCCCGGACGAAGCCGGCCUUCUGGACCUGAGCGAGUUUAUGGUCCCUCACGCGCUCGUUCUACCCGCUGCGCCGUGGACAGAUGGUCUGGCGGAGAACAGACAGCACACUCUCGCUGCGCCAGCGCAAAACAAUUUACCCGAUGACGCGCCAGGCUCAGACGAGGACGUGCCGCCGCUGGUGGAAGCUCCGGAGGAACAACUCGAGGAUCCUGAGGAAGAACGCGCCGCCGACCUUGAUCUCUUGUGCAGGGAGGAGCUAUCCGGCGAGGCGACUGAUGACGACCUCCCAGAUCUUCUGCCUGGCGACUCCGAUUCGGAGAGCGAGGACGAGGAAUCCACAGCGCGGGCUGCAAGGACAGCCCCAAGGCGUCCUCCACGUCAUGUGCCCCGCCGCGUACCUGGGUGGCGCUUCCAGGUUGACAUGCGUACAGGAAUCGUGUCGAUGAUGCCCCGCAAUUCGUGGAGCGAGGAGAGGCCUUCCAACCCUGAGGGGCACAGCGGCGACGACCCUUCGCCGGGCGCACCCCCGGACGGGCCUAGCAGGGACCCAGAAAGGGACGGGCCGUCCGAAGUAGCGCGGGAUGCAGCUGGAUCUGCUCAAAACUGCGGCCAGGGCUCGCCGCCGGAAAUGCACCCGGACAACCAGGACGAGCCACCGCCGCUAGUUGGCGAGGAAUCCGACGACGAGGAGCCUGACGACUACUUCCGCUCAGCAGAGCUACCUGCCCGUGGUAGUGAUCGGUCCGGCGUGGCUGCGCUCCCGGGUUCCCGCGGACCUGCAAAGAGACAGCAGACGCCGCUCGCCCACCCGCCAAGCGCGAUCCAGACCCUGGCCCCGAAGGCGGGCUCCCCAAGCCGAACGGGAGCCCCACGCCGCCGGACCGGGCCGGGUCACGGAGAGGUCGACGAGAGCGACAUAGAGUGGGUCUCUGACUUUAAUGGGACUCCGCAGGUGGACCAGGACUACACCUUUGGAAUCAUGUUCCGUUCUAUGCACGAGGUGCGGCGCCUGCUCGACCAUCUUCUGACCUUGUCCCGAAUCAGCUCCGAGGAGUACGAAGACCUAUCUGAACACUACCACCACCUGUUUCGGGGCCACGACGUGGACGAGGUUUGCUACCUGCUACGGUCGGAUCUGCUUCCGCUGGUACUAGGGAAAGGCUUUCGCGUCGAGGUCUUACCAGAUGAUUGCCAGGAGCCAGCCCGGAGCGACUCGUCACCACCUGACACCGUUCGCGUCGCGGCCACCCUGCCCACCGUGGAAGCAGCGCCCCUUCCCCGGCUCAGCGACGAGGAGCAGUGGCGCGCCGUGGAGCCGCAACUCCAGCUCGCCGCUAGCCUCAGCCCGGACGAGAAGGCCAGAAUGAUCGCCUUGCUUCGCCGGUACCCGCACGCGUUCUCCAAGGAUCCUGGUGAUUUGGGGCUGGUACGCGGCAUUUACCACCGCAUUGACACGGGCGACCACCCGCCCAUCCGCAGGGCAGGCCGCCUGCACAGCCCGUUUGAGAAGGAGGAGAUUGACAAGCAGGUUGACCCGAUGGAGGCUUGGCACGUAAUUCGCCGUUCCACCAGCCCUUACGCUCAGCCCGUGGUACUAGCCCGCAAGAAGAACGGGAAGUGGCGGUUCUGCGUUGACUACAGGGCGCUCAACAAGGCGACAGUACCAAACAGGUUCCCACUGCCCCGCAUCUCGGAAAUUUUCGAUCGCCUUGGAGAGGCGCGCUACUUCACCACGCUGGACGCGCAGGCGGGCUACUGGCAGAUUCCCGUGCACCCGGACGACGUACACAAAACAGCCUUUCUGACCCACAGGGGCCUGUACGAGUUUCUUCGCAUGCCGUUCGGACUCACGGGCGCUCCGGGGACAUACCAGCUUAUGAUGGACGAGCUGCUCAAGGAGGAAAUUCAGGGCCCGGACGCGUGCGUGACUCAGUACUUGGACGAUACGCUGUUGUACACCUCCACGUUUGACGCUCAUCUUGCAGGCUUGGAGCGCGUACUGCAGAAGGUCAUUACAAUCGACCUGAAACUCUGCCCCGGCAAGUCACGUCACUUCGGCGCGCGCGAGACCGAGCACCUGGGUCACCUCGUCACGCACAACCUGCUGCUACCCGCGCCUAAGAAGGUUCGCGCAAUCCGCGACUGGAUUGAUCCCAUCAAUCCCUCCGAGAUCCGCAGCUUUCUGGGUAUGGCAGGCUACUACCGGCACUUCAUCAAAGACUUCGCAAAGAUAGCGAGGCCUCUGCACGAGCUGACAAAGGACGGGGUUCCGUUCCGUUGGGAGGAGGCAGAGCGGGCAGCCUUUCAGGCCCUGAAGGACUCCAUAUGCGCAGCGCAGGGGCUCGCGCGCCCAGAUUUCAACAAGCCAUUCAUCCUGGACACGGACUAUAGCCGCCUGGGUAUUGGCGCCACACUGAGCCAGCUGGACGGGGCCGAUCGCGAGCUCCCCGUAGCCUUCGCUUCAAGGGCGUUGCACGGCGCAGAAGCUAACUACUCCACCACGGACGGCGAGCUGCUGGCGAUUGUCUGGGCGGUGACCGUCCGCUUCCGGUCGUACUUGUACGGCGGGCCCACGUUCCUGGUGCGGGUUGACCACAGCCCGUUGGUUUGGUUGCAUCAGCAGACCAACUUGACAGGACGACUCGCGCGCUGGCACAUCCGCCUGAUGGAGUUCAACUUCAGGGUCGAGUACCGCCCCGGCCGAGUGCACUCGAACGUGGAUCCGCUGUCGCGCAACCCCGUGGCCCAGCUGCCAUGGGAAGAGGCCAGCGACCUGGAAGACAUGCCGGCCUACGUGGCACCGGACCUGUCCAGCGCACCAGGCCCAAUUUGCGGGGCGCCCACAGUCCGCAUGUUGCGGGGAUCAGGCCCCGCACCUGACACGGACACAGAGGACGAGUCCUUCAGCCCCGUGUGGUCGACGUCCGGCACCGACACGAGCGACAGCGACAGCGACAGCUUUUACGUGCCACGUCCUCCCCGUGCUGCCCAGACGCCGCUCGAGCUGCGCUGCAACCACGCCCUCAAGAAAGCCAUUGAGUAUGCGCACACGCUGGCUCGAGCCCGAACUCAGAGGUUCGAAUCAGAGCGGCGAUUUGCGAUUGCGCGCGCCCGGACGUGGCCGAGCCUGCUGGAGGACUACGCUUUGUGGAAGCCCGCUCGCCAGGAUCCGCGCUGGCGGGCAACCCAAACCGAAGGCCAGGACCCCCCCUGGGUCUCCGCUGAGCGAGAAUCCACGCAGGAAACCCAGCCACGGACGCCGCACACGUCAAGCUACGAACAGAAUGCCACACCGUUUCCCGCGCUGCCCGCACCUGCAACCUUGCCACCCGGCGAGGAGGACUUGUACGAAACGUUCGACAUCGCCACUCCGGAAGAGCGGGAUCCGCUCACGCGCUUUCCCGAGGACCCGGAACAGCAGGAGACGGAAACAGGACUCCGCAACCUGCUGCGCGGGGCCAAGAGCGAGCUCCGCUUUUGGCACAGGAAGCGCUCGCAAUUGCAGGAACGCUUAGCGCACGAGAGGAUCAUGAUUGCUGACCUGGCCGUCCGCUUUCCUGAGGUACAUGAGGCGUACAACAGGCCAUUCAUCCUGGACACGGACUAUAGCCGCCUGGGUAUCGGCGCCACACUGAGCCAGCUGGACGGGGCCGAUCGCGAGCUCCCCGUAGCCUUCGCCUCAAGGGCGUUGCACGGCGCAGAAGCUAACUACUCCACCACGGACGGCGAGCUACUGGCGAUUGUCUGGGCGGUGACCGUCCGCUUCCGGUCGUACUUGUACGGCAGGCCCACGUUUCUGGUGCGGGUUGACCACAACCCGUUGGUUUGGUUGCAUCAGCAGACCAACUUGACAGGACGACUCGCGCGCUGGCACAUCCGCCUGAUGGAGUUCAACUUCAGGGUCGAGUACCGCCCCGGCCGAGUGCACUCGAACGUGGAUCCGCUGUUGCGCAACCCCGUGGCCCAGUUGCCAUGGGAAGAGGCCAGCGACCUGGAAGACAUGCCGGCCUACGUGGCACCGGACCUGUCCACCGCACCAGGCCCAAUUUGCAGGGCGCCCACAGUUCGCAUGUUGCGGGGAUCAGGCCCCGCACCUGACACGGACACAGAGGACGAGUCCUUCAGCCCCGUGUGGUCGACGUCCGGCACCGACACGAGCGACAGCGACAGCGACAGCUUUUACGAUCCGCGCUGGCGGGCAACCCAAACCGAAGGCCAGGACCCCCCCUGGGUCUCCGCUGAGCGAGCAUCCACGCAGGGGACCCAGCCACGGACGCCGCACACAUCAAGCUACGGACCGAUUGCCACACCGUUUCCCGCACUGCCCGCACCUGCAACCUUGCCACCCGGCGAGGAGGUCCUGUAUGAGACGUUCGACAUCGCCACUCCGGAAGAGCGGGAUCCGCUCACGCGCUUUCCCGAGGACCCGGAACAGCAGGAGACGGAAACAGGACUCCGCAACCUGCUGCGCGGGGCCAAGAGCGAGCUCCGCUUCUGGCACAGGAAGCGCUCACAAUUGCAGGAACGCUUAGCGCACGAGAGGAUCAUGAUUGCUGACCUGGCCGUUCGCUUUCCUGAGAAGAACUCACCGCGGUUUCGUACGGCGGAGGACCCUGGAAUAACCCCACCCACCCACCCUACAGUCCGCAUGGUCUUGAGCGUCCGGGACGCCGCUCUAAGCGAGGGAGCAGUUGAUCAUCCUACUCAAGAGGCGGAGGACCUGAAUGCAGCCGACCAGGGCCAAACCCACGUCGCACAGGAGCGAAGCGCCAAGGAGUGCUCUGAUUGCGGCAAAGCAGGGCACUUCUUUGCAGACUGUCAAACCAAGCCGGCAAAGAAGCGGGUUGAUCCGCAGCUCCUCGAGCCAAGGACGUGCAAGCCGUGCAGCGCAGCCAGAGGGGCGCGUACUUCCGUACCAGAUGACGACGUCGACCUGAACGAGCGCCGCUACGGAGCGGCCGAGCUGGAGGAGCAGGACGAGAGAGCGGCGCUUUACGAAGGAAAGAUGGACGCGAUCUUCUUGAGGAAGUACGAGGAACGGCAUCGCGAACAUCAGGCCAAAAUGCGCGGGGACCGCGCCGCCUUCGAAAGCUGGCAGAAGCAGGGGAAGGAGCAACGCCAGGUGUACUUGGAGGCAUGGCGGGGCAAGGCAAAGCCAGAUUUCCGGGAGAUCUUCCGGAGGUACCCGCUGAACCAGUUCGAUGCGCGAGAGCGCCAGCUUGCUCCCGGGCGGAGAGCUUACAACAAAUUCCGACGCAGAACCAUGUACGUGGAAUCAAUGGACGAGGCGCGCAACCGAAUCCGGCGGGAGUACUUUUCCAGGGAAGCGGAGCUGGAAAGAGAGGCCUGGGAUUUAGUGUCGUGGCGCGCCAAGAACUGCAUCGACUGCGUGGCUAUGCAUCUGGACCAGGACGAUGACCCGCACGAGUCGGACUGCGAAGAACUGGGACCAGCGGAGCGGCCGGUGCGCAGGAGACUGGACUUUCAGGACGACGCGAACGAACCUCGCACACCUGAGCUGCCCCGGACCAACAGAAGGCCCACACUCAACGCGCCUUUGAAAGAGCUCAGCGCGGACCAAGCGCAGAGUCAGAAGGAGCGCCAGGAAUCAGGGGCGGGUUUGGAACGUGACCUGGCACUUCUGUUCGAGGAAGCGGCACUGGACGAUGCCCCUGCGAAUACGGAGGUCAGGUCCGCCACUAUCCAAAUGGUGCAAGGAAGUACCGGCUCUUUUGGACCUGCACAACUGGACUUAGAGCAACCCGCACAGGGCACGCGCGAGGCCCUAGAGCCAGCCGUGGAGAACCCCGCCGUGGCGGAGGCUUUGGAGGAAAUCCGCGGACAGGAUCUUGACCCCACACUCGGCUGGGACAUCGAAGAUUACCUGCGCACGGCGUCCGCUCUGCGGGAAGCUGAUCUGAACGGCUCCCUUGAGAACGAAGAAUCUUUGGACGCCGCGCACGAGCUCCGGAGGAAGGCGCGCUUCAUCAGGAACGGCGGGGACGCACCGUUUUUGGAGGGGACGACCGCCCUGGAGCGCGUGGCACUCUCAAUCAUGAUCUCAAAUCCGGACGCAGAAGAACGGGAAGCUCUAAGGCAGGCGCGGCUCGUGCUGCUCAAUUUGGAAACACAUGCGCGCGACAAUCUGGAGGAGAACGUGCUGGCAAACCUGGAGGAGGGACCAGAGUCGGAGGUGAGCGCGACAGAGGCUAGCCCCCACGAGGACGAGGAGGAGCAGCCUGAGUUUGACAUCGCGCACUCUCCGCUGCCGCGGCCGUUGGACUACCUGAUCAACGACGAUGAGGUAGCGUUGUACCUGUUCGAGAGGCAAUAUCCGGACCUGAGCGGGAGGACUCCAAGCCGACGCAAGGAAGCAAGGCGCGGAAUCAGAAACAGGGCUAAGCAAUUUCAGGUCAGGAACGGGAGGCUCUAUGUUCAGAACAAGGCACCGCGCCGACGUAAGCAGGUGCCAGGGCCCACGGUACUCAAGCCCGUGCUGACCGCGGAGGAGAGGGACCUGGUGAUGAAGCAGAUCCACGACCGUGGGGGCCACCCGUCAAUACCCAAUACACUCAAACUCAUCAGGGACAUGUUCUGGUGGAAAGGAAUCACAGAAGAUGUCACGAACUUUGUCCGCGGCUGCCCCACUUGCCAACCGGUGAACCAACCGACUCGCGAGCGGACGGACGGGCGCACGCUGACUAGCACGGAGGUGGACUUGCCCUUGGAGAGGGUCGGCGUUGAUCUGCUCGGCCCGUUCCCCCCGACUCCGGAGGGCUACACGUACGUGUACCUGUGGCACGACUACUUUUCAGGUUGGGUCGGAGCCGGCCUUGGGAAGACCAAGCAGAGCAAGGAGGUGGCCGCAUGGGCUAAGAUGGACCUGUUUGCAGGGCACGCCUGCCCGGCCACGGCCGUGAUGGACAACGACCUGUACAAGGACGAGGUGAAGGAGCUCUUUGACGCCAUGGGCACGCAGGUCACGCCGAUCACGCCGUUUGCGCCGUGGCAGAACGGAGCGGCCGAGUCGAGCGUGAAGAUCCUGACAAAGAAUAUCCGCAAGCUCGCGCUCGACCACGGCCAGAAGUGGGCAGAGAACUUUUUCCUGGCCCUGCUCAUCAUCAGGAUUUGCUUCCGGACGGCGACCAGGGCCUUGCCGUUCGAGAUCAUCUACGGUCGCCAGCCCGUGCUGCCCUCAGAACGCCUUCUGGCAGCCAAGUACAUGAUUGGCGAGGCUCAAACAGACGAGGCUCAGGAGCGUGCCGCAGAGGACGUGACGGCCGCGGUGAGCGACUUGACCGCGACUCGGCGGUUCAACAUCUUGCUGAGGCAGGCACACCAGGCCAACUUGCGGGCCGCCGCUUCAGCCAAUCGGGACGUGACGCAGGUGCGGAGCGAGGCGGCCUACCGGAGGCGCCAGCACAGGGGCGUCUAUCGAGUUGCCAACCUGACGCCAGGGCAGGUCGUGAUUAUGCGCAAAAACAGGCGCGAGCACAAGUUGGACGCGGGCUGGGAAGGCCCGUACUUCUUCCGCUACUUUUACGAUGAUUCCUGCCAGAUCGCAGUGAUCGAGGACGCACAAGGCCUUCGCUGGACCCGCCACAUCGUUCUGCUAUUUCCCUACCAACCGCGGGGCGCGGUCCGGGAGUAG